GUCCAGGGCUGAAUGGGCGCGAGCGCGGCGCCGGGGGCGGGCUGGGGCGCGGGGCCCGGGGCUGGCGGCUUGCCAGCGCUCCCUCCCUAGCAUGCACACGGAGGCGGCGGGCGGCGCGACGCGGAGGGCCCAGAAGCCGCGAAGCCAAGCAGCGGCACCUGCCUGCCGAGGUACGUGGCGCAGCCCCCAAUCGGCAGAGCGGACACCGGGGAGCCCAGACAGCGACGAUCCGCCUUUGCCCACUCAUACCCCAGGCCCAGCGACUCCUCCCCAGCACUGCGACGCCGGACGCGACUGCAAGGGGACGCGGGCGGAGGGUCGCGGCCCCCGGCCGCCUACAUGGGCGCCCCCGGCGCAGCCUGCGCAGGUGUGGACGCGGCGCUGCGGCAAUGCCAAGUGAGUCCACCUCUGCAAAACUGAGAAGUGAUUGCUCAAGGACCUCCCUGCAAUGGUACAACCGAACCCAGCACAAGAUGAGAAGACCCAGCUUGUUAAUAAAAGACAUCUGCAAGUGCACGUUGGUUGUGUUUGGAGUCUGGCUCCUGUACAUCCUCAUUUUGAAUUACACUGCUGAAGAAUGUGACAUGAAAAGAACGCAUUAUGUGGACCCUGACCGGAUAAAGAGAGCUCAGAGCUAUGCUCAGGAAGUCUUACAGAAGGAAUGUCGGCCCAGGUACGCGAAGACGGCUAUGGCUCUGUUAUUUGAGGACAGGUACAGCAUCAACUUGGAGCCUUUUGUGCAGAAGGUCCCCACGGCCAGUGAAGCCGAGCUCAAGUAUGGCCCGCCUUUUGGAUUCCGGAAGUUCUCCAGUAAAGUCCAGAGCCUCUUGGAUGUGCUGCCUGAGCAUGACUUUCCUGAACACUUGAGAGCCAAGGCCUGCAAGCGCUGUGUGGUUGUUGGGAACGGGGGCAUCCUUCACGGACUAGAGCUGGGUCACGCCCUCAACCAGUUCGAUGUGGUAAUAAGGUUAAACAGUGCACCAGUUGAGGGUUAUUCUGAACACGUUGGAAAUAAAACUACUAUAAGGAUGACUUACCCAGAGGGUGCUCCACUGUCGGACAUUGAAUACUACGCCAACGACUUGUUUGUUACUGUUUUAUUUAAGAGUGUUGAUUUCAAGUGGCUUCAAGCAAUGGUAAAAAAUGAAAGCCUGCCAUUUUGGGUUCGCCUCUUCUUUUGGAAGCAGGUGGCAGAAAAAGUCCCACUCCAGCCAAAGCACUUCAGGAUUUUGAACCCAGUUAUCAUCAAAGAAACUGCCUUCGACAUCCUUCAGUACUCGGAGCCUCAGUCAAGAUUCUGGGGCCAUGAUAAGAACAUCCCCACGAUCGGUGUCAUUGCCGUUGUCCUGGCUACCCAUCUGUGUGAUGAGGUCAGCCUGGCAGGCUUUGGAUACGACCUCAGUCAGCCCAGGGCCCCUCUGCACUACUUCGACAGUCAGUGCAUGGGCGCCAUGCACUGGCAAGUCAUGCACAAUGUGACCACAGAGACCAAGUUCCUCCUGAAGCUGAUCAAAGAGGGCGUGGUGGAGGACCUCAGCGGGGGUAUCCACUGAGAACCCGGAACACUGCAAACCAACGCAGCUGAGAGCCCCAGUGAGCAGCCUCCACAGGGAGUUUACCCUGCAGCAGCUCCGAUGUGCAGCUAGUGCUUUCAAACUCCAUUUAAAAAACAAGGAAAAGAAAGAGCAACAGAACAAGAAAAGUUAAGCUCUGCGCACCUGUUUGCCCUAUUUAUUUGAAGUCAGUGUUGGGUUUUGCACAAUUUUCUAAGUUAGUUUUAAGAAUGGGAUUGGAAGGACUUUUCAAAGAGAAUCGUAUGGUUUAUUGUAUUUUAAAGAAGUCAUUUCAUUUGCAGAAACUGUACACAUGUACUCUGCCCAGGUGUUAAGGUGGGAGGGGCUUCUGGCCCUUGGAUGAUGGCUGCAAUGCCUGAUUCUGGGUUCUGCUGCUCUGUUUGGUAGAACUGAUGGCAGAGAAACUUCCUGCCUCCAGGAUGAAGGGCUUACUCAUCACCUCUGGCAGCUGCUACACAAGCUCGUAACCCCUUUCUGCUAGUCCAUCUGCCAGCUGGCUCCCAGGACUCAGGCAGAGCAGCUGUCCCCGAGGCUGCUGGUUGGUGAGCCACUGUCAGCUGAGCACCGUGAUGUUGCCCCAGGAUGGAAGAAGCCACACUUCCUACACUGUCAGGGCACUUUUAAACUUCUGGAGGUGUGUGUGUGUGUGUGUGUGUGUGUGUGUGUGUGUGUGUGUGUGUUCAUUCUGCCCUUCCAAAGCACCGAAGUGUUAUUUAAGGCACUCUGUUGUUUGUCUGAGAUUGUUCAUAGAAAUUAUGACAAAGCCUUUGUUAUCCAGAGCCAUGGAAGAGGAGAAAGAAAAAGAAAGGAAAGAAUAAAAGCUUUUGAGGAGCCCCUGUGAUUU